AUGCCUCUGGGUACUUGCAAGAUGGAUCGAUCUGUAGUUGAUGCCCUCAGGCGGUUUGAGCAUGCUUCCAAGUUUCGUCGCGCUUGCCUUUCCGUGAUGGCAUGGUCGUUGACGCACGAAGAGCGUAAAUCAGUGGUCGAUGCCUUUUUAGAGCUGGACACCUCCCGUCGUGGCACCAUCCGGCUACACGAACUCCGGGACGUCCUGAGCGGCUUCGACAUUCCGGACCAGGAGGCAGCAGAAAUCUUCCAUGCCCUGGACAGUGGGCAUUGCGAUGAGGUGCAUUACAGCGAGUUCCUGGGUGCGAUGGUUUCUUCUCGCAUUGCGAUGCACGAUCAGAUGCUGCGUGCAGUCUUUGCCCGCUUUGAUGUCGAUGGCAAGGGCUACAUCUCCAGGGACUCCCUCCUGAAGCUCUUGGGCGAGUCUGAAGGUGAUGUGGACGAACUCCUCAAAGAGGUGGACCCCAAAGAGACUGGGAAAGUGUUUUACGAGCAGUUCGUGGCAUAUCUCCGAAGUGGCAACGCACAGGAUUUGGAGAAGGAAAGAGUUGCAUCGGUGACCCUGAUUCCGCGACAGGAUUUGGAGAAGGAAAGAGUUGCAUCUGCGGAGCUUGCAGUGCAGUCUGGACAAUCGCAGGUGGAAGUUCAGACAGCCCAGCAAGCACUUGAGGCACAGCUGCAGCACACAAAGCAGACACUCGAGGAGCUGGCAAAGGAACGAGCAAAGAGCAGCCAGCUUGAGUUGCAGCGAGACCAGUUGGAGGUGAAGCUUCAGUCGACAAGGCAAACAUCCGAGGAGUUGGAGAGGGAGCGACAGAAGCGCAGACAACUCGAGGCAAAGCUGGCGAGCAUGAAGCAAACACUCCAGGAGCUUGAACAAGUACGAACGAAUAGCAGCCAGCUCGAGACACACCGAGACCAGUUGGAGGUGCAGCUUCAAAGCAGCAAGAAAGCGCUCGAGGAUUUGGAGAAAGACAAGAUUGCAGCUGCACAGCUCCGAGCGCAGUCUGGACAAUUGCAGGUGGAAGUUCAGACAGCCCAGCAAGCGCUUGAGGCACAGCUGCAGAACACGAAGCAGACACUUGAGGAGUUGGAGAUGGAGCGACAGAAGAGCAGACAACUCGAGGCUUGGUUUGCGAGUUCUGUUGCACUAUGCCUGGAUUGGGUGUCGUUUGGCCAGGUGCAGCUGGAGAGCAUGAAGCAAGCACUUGAGGAGCAAGAUCUCAAAAGGGUUUGCAAGGAAAGCAAAGCGUGGAUGAGAAAUACCCGGGAACACGCCAGCGCACGUGAUCAAGGCAAGAGGUGUAAAGAGGCACUCGAAGCUGUGGAGCGGAAGCAGUCGGAACUCCUGGCAGAGAAGGAGAAGGAGCAGACACAAGCAGAGUGCCGCAUCGCUGAGCUGUUGGACAAAGUAAAGGAGCUUGAAGGGAGUUCGAUGGCAGACGAGGAGAAGAUCCUGGAGCCAAGCGUUCG